AUGCAAGGAGGAUCAUCGGGAAUUGGAUACGGCUUGAAGUAUCAGGCGAGAUGUAUAUCGGAUGUGAAAGCGGAUACAGAUUACACCAGCUUCCUCACUGGAACCCUAAGUCUCAAAGAAGAAAACGAGGUUCACCUGCUACGACUGUCAUCUGGUGGAUCUGAGCUGAUUUGCGAGGGUUUGUUCUCUCAUCCUAAUGAGAUUUGGGACCUUGCUUCUUGCCCUUUCGAUCAACGCAUUUUCUCCACUGUCUUCUCCACUGGUGAAGCAUUUGGAGCAGCGAUUUGGCAGAUUCCUGAGUUAUAUGGUCAGCUUAAUUCCCCACAGCUUGAGCGUGUUGCAUCUCUUGAUGCACAUGUUGGUAAGAUUAACUGUGUUCUUUGGUGGCCUUCUGGGAGAUGUGACAAGUUAAUCAGCAUGGAUGAGCAAAAUAUUUACUUGUGGAGCUUGGAUUGUUCGAACAAGUCUGCUGAGGUUUUGUCUAAGGAUUCGGCUGGGAUGUUGCAUUCUUUAUCUGGUGGAGCAUGGGAUCCACAUGAUGUUAAUGCUGUUGCCGCAACUGGUGAAUCAUCUGUUCAGUUCUGGGAUCUGCGUACCAUGAAGAAGGUUAAUUCAAUUGAACGUGCUCAUGUACGAGGUGUUGAUUAUAAUCCUAAGAGAGAACAUAUACUUAUAACAGCAGAGGAUGAAUCUGGCAUACAUGUCUGGGAUCUCCGGAAGGCCAAGACUCCCGUCCAGGAGCUUCCUGGUCAUACACAUUGGACAUGGGCUGUCAAGUGUAACCCCGAGUAUGAUGGGCUGAUUCUGAGUGCAGGAACAGACUCAGCUGUCAACUUGUGGUAUGCUUCAGCAUCAUCCACUAAUGAUAAACCCCCAGAAAGCCCUGUGGGUUCUACACGUCAGCGUGUAAACCUGUUGCUCAACUCAUACACUGAUUAUGAAGACAGUGUCUAUGGCCUUGCUUGGAGCUCACGUGAGCCUUGGGUUUUUGCAUCACUCUCAUAUGACGGAAGGGUCGUCAUCGAAUCCGUGAAGCCUUUCCUUCCGAAACUAUAGUAAAAAGCUCAGCAUCUCUUUUGUUCUGACACAAACACGACCCAUCCAAAUAUUUGUCGGAAAAAAGUUGGCAGACAUGUAUUUACAACAAUCUUCUUUGACACAACUUGUUUUGAAUCUUUAUUUAUCCAUCUAUCAUUUACUCAGAUUCCUUUCAGUACCAAGAUUCUGUUGUUCUGAACUAAACAACACUCAACGACUGAUUCUUGUCGGAAAAAAAGUAAAGAAACUAAAAAGCAAAGGUCAUUCUUCCUCGGAUUGGAUUCCUAUGUACAGAAGAAAUUGAUGAAGGCAAAUAUGACCACAACAAAAAAAAAGGUUGUAAAAACCGAUCUUUAAAGUCUAUUAAAUUAGAAUCAAUCUGACAGCAUUUCUUCAAGCUCAGGCUCAUCUGAAGACAUAUCCUCAUAAUCUAACCUCGUACCGUUAUACAAUCCUCUGUCAUGCAAAUCAGUUUGGUCUUCUUCAUAAUCUGAAGACCAUUCUCCAUCUUCCUCUUCCUUCUGUUCAACAUUGGUCACUUUGUUUUUCUUACCGAGUUUUCUUGAAUCCAUACCUCCCUCUUUAGCCUUACCAUCUGUAUCUUCGCAUAUACAAGUGGACGGAUUCUCAUGAAACUCACCUCUACCUGCUCUUACUUCCUUGGGCUCUCCCAUGAAUCCUUUCUGAAACGUUCUGACUCUUGAAGCAAACUCCUCCCAAGUUGUGUUCUCUUUG